AUGACCGACGAGGCGGUGGCCGCAGCGGCCGAUUCUCUGUACCGGGAGUUGUGGGACAACGGUAUCGAAACCCUCUUCGAUGACCGGCCCGACCAGGCGGCCGGCGUGAAGCUCAACGACGCCGACCUGAUGGGAUUGCCCUUGCGCCUAGUAGUCAGUCCUCGCAACCUCCGCAACAACGCGGUCGAGAUGAAGGGCCGUACCCAGGACGAGGCAACGAUGGUGCCGCUGGAGGAUGUGGCGGCGACAGUCAUGCAGGCUUUACAGUAA